GAAAGCGAGGAUGGCAUCGAGGGGGAUGCCGUUCUCUCGGAUUACGAAAGCGCGGAGGACUCGGAGGCAGAGGAAGAGGAUUACAGUGAGGAAGAAAGCGCCAAGGUGGACCUGAAGCAGGAUAGCAAUGGUUCCUGCGAGUCGGCAGCUAAAGCUGAGAAGGUGGAUGAGAAACCUGACCCCAAAGGUGCCGUCACUGGCGAGCGGCAGAGCGGGGACGGGCAGGAGAGCACCGAACCCGUGGAGAAUAAAGUUGGGAAGAAAGUUCCCAAGCCGAAGGGUCGCCAGCGGAAGCUGUGGAAGGACGAGGGCCGCUGGGAGCACGACAAGUUUCGGGAGGACGAGCAGGCCCCCAAGACCAGGCAGGAGCUGAUUGCCCUCUAUGGCUAUGACAUCAGGUCAGCUCACAACCCCGAUGACAUCAAACCCAGGAGGAUGCGCAAACCAAGGUUUGGCAGCCCUCCUCAGCGAGACCCAAACUGGUCCAACGAGAGGCCACACAAGCCCCCAAGGCACCAAG